GCUUUAUUAGGCAGUUAUUAAGGAGUAGUUCUUCCGUGUUUAUCAUGAGGACGGCAUGGGACCUUUUUAAAGAGCCAGGAGUCGGAGCUAUUAAAGAGGGAGAGCUUAAGGAGAGCUCACAGCAGCUGAAACUCCAGACACUGCAGAGUCUUCACUCUGACUCCACCACCUUCACUGUCUUCAUCAUCUCCAGUGUCUGAAGAGUUUCUAUCAGGAUGAGCAGCAGUAUUGUUAGGGUGUGUUUACUUUUGGCCGUCUUCACUCUGACUGAAGUGUGUGUGAAUGUAUGUGGUCUGAGUGUGGAACCACGGUGCCGCUGCAGUGGAACCGAGAGCAGACGGAUCGCCAAACUGAUAGAGAGAGUGGAGCUCUUCCCCCCGAACCCCCACUGCAAAGAGACAGAGAUCAUAGUGACGCUAAAGAAGACCGGUCGGGAGAUCUGUCUGAACACUAAAGCUCUGUGGGUCAAGAAGGUCAUCAAGAAGAUCAUGGCCAACCGGUCACCCUGAGGUCAGACACUGCUCUCUACUUGUCCACCUUCAUUUCCUGAAGUUCUAGCUGAGCUUUUCUGGGCCUGUCUUGGAGAACUGGAGUCAUUCUUGGUGGGCAUCCAUGGAGCUGUUAGAUGUUGGUGCCAGAAUUGCACCGAUUAAUCAUGAUGGUCUUGAUGCUGAUUCUUCUUGGCCUCUCCAUUCCUGCCAGCGCAGGGGUCAGUUUUGUCUUCCUACCACGCCCUAUACCACAGCGUGGAACUCCUUGUGCUUUUUGAUUAUGCUUUGUACUGUGGCCACUGGCGCUUGAAAACACUUGGAUAUGGCUUUAUUCCUUUUCUUCUCUCGUGAGCAGCCACAAUGCACAACAAGAGGUCCAUGCUAAGCACUCUGAUUUAGCCAUGACUUGCAACUGCCUUGUAACCUACUAGAGAACUACGGCAUCAGCUGUACUUUCUUUAUAGCUGAUCAGAAUGCUCUAGAACAUGGUAGAAAUGACCAGGACCAUUUGGAAUUGUAUACAAGCUCAUGUAUAUGCUUAUGAAUGGUACAUACACAUAUUUUCUCAAUACUUUGUGAAAAUUUCAAGGGGUGUGAAUAAAUUUGGACAUGGAUUUUUUUGGUAAAAGUGUAAAAUAAACAGAAAUAGUUCAAAUGUAUCAUUGACAUUUCUAGCACAAUGUUUUAUUAUGUUUUAUCACUUGUUUAUGCCAAAAGAAACCUAUUGGUCAAAUAAAAUUCAGUAUAAACCAAA